AUGUCCGAUCCACUAGAAGUUGAUUCAAAUACAACCCAAAAUGUGUCGGCUGCUCGGGAUGGAUCCGUUUUAGAAGUCCAAUUUAGCACCAAGUACAACAUUAUUGACGUGGGCGUGACGUCUGACUUCCCUCAGACCGCUGAGCAAGAAGCCCGGCAAGAAGAAGCUAGAGCCUUGGCGCGGCUUAUGUUUAGGCCUGCAACUGAGGUGGGGGAGUCGGAUAGAGCAGUAAAUAUUGUUAGAGCGAUGGAUGAAAAAGAACUCCGCCAGGAUGCCGCAACCCUGAAAAAGCAAAAAACUCGACAGUACAUGCGCGAAUACUAUCUCCGGCACCGUGGUCCACCUGGCCAGAGAAACAGUCGUUGGCCUCAGGAAGUCAACGAUCUCUUGGCAGAAGAGUACAAAAAGAACAAGACUCCUAUUAGCAUGGAUUUCGACAGACUCUCAAUAGAAACCGGCAAAACUCAGCGUCAAAUCAAGCAGUGGUUCUGGCGGCAUAAGGCAAAACAGAGCACGACCAAUUAUCAGCAGCGUGUCACUGCGGAGCCAUAUGCCGUCCGUAAAAGCGAAGAGCUUGAGAAGCCGGACGAGCUAGAAGAGAUCAAAGACCCUAGAGAGCCUGAAAAGCCCAAACCUGAAAGACUCAUGGGACCCGAGCCCAGUAAGGAUAUGAUAAAGCUUGAAGAACCUGUACUGUUCAGUGAGCUUGAGAGAAACAAAGAGCUUGAGAAGCCGGGAGAGCUCGAGGACCAGAAUGAGGAAGUGAAUGGUCCCGAGAAGCCAGUGGAGCUUGAGGAGGCGGAAAUCCUGGAGAAGCCCAACGAACCUAUGGAAUCAGAAACGCUAGAGAGGCACCAACAGCUGGAAAAGAACGAGGAGCCUAGAGAGUAUGAAGAGGACAAGAAGCUCAAAGAACCUGGAGAGCACGAAGAAACGGAAAAGCUUGAAAAGCCCAAUAAGCUUGAAAAUUCCAAAAAGUUCAUGGAGCUUGAAACGCAGGACGACAAUGAGAAGUUCGAGGAGACUAAAGAAAUCAAGACGCCCAUGGAGCCAGUGAAGCUUGAGGAGACGGAAAAACUGGAGAAGCCCAGUGAGCUCAAGGAGUUCAACGAGCUUGCGCAACUAAAUGAGCUCAAAGUGCUGUCACAACCCAAACGGUCUGAGAAGCCCGAAAAGCCCAAUGAGUAUGAAAGGUCCAAGAAUCUAGAUGAUGGUUCCAUUAAGCUUGAGGAGCAUGAGGAUUUGGAGGAAGACAAGGAGCUCAAGGAAUUUGUGAACCCAGGAAAGUUCAAUAGACCCAGUGAGCUUGAGCUUGAAAAACUCGGUAAGCCCGAAGAGCCUAAGGUUGAUUUGGAGGAAAAUGAGGAACAAUUGGAACUCGAAGAGCCUAAGAAGAAAUAA